AUGCCUUUCAUAUCAAGUACUGAAUGUCCGGUGGAAGAACGACCAGACCCAACAAAGGGAUUUCGAGGCAACAGGAGCAAUCUCAAGUUGUCGGUGAGGUACAUGAUCAUCGGAGCUGUGGUAGGAAUCGCCCUCGGCGUUGUAUUUGCUGAACUCGGUAUUUCAGACAUCGCGGCGCAGUGGAUUUUGCUACCAGGUGACUUGUUCUUGCGAGCUCUUAACGCUCUUGUGGUGCCAUAUGUGUUCUGCUCAGUGGCAGUAGCGGUGGGAGACAUCGUAUUCGUCGGUAAAGUUUCGAUCAUCGUAACGCAGACCCUCAAGAUUUUUGCAACCGGGUGGAUGGUCUCCACGAUCUUGGGCAUCAGUUUGGCUUUUGCCUUUCGGCCUCUUUUCCGUCUCAAAAACACUUUCGUGAGUCCUGACGCUAACGCUGUAGGCCUAACUUGCUCAAAUGGUCUCAUGUUGGAGGUGUUGACCAACAACAGCAUUUCCUGUUCUCUCAAUGCUACGGAGCUAUCACCAGCCAAUGCGUUCAUGUUGGAAGACGUGCACAAAGUAUUUGAGACUAACAGCGACGCGGUGAUCACUGAUUUGACGAUUAGUAAGCAGUUGAUCUCAACGUUGGAAUCUGUGGUGUCGAACAACAUCUUCGCGUCGUUGUCCGAUGGCGAUUUACUAGCGAUCAUUGCCUUUGGUAUGGUGUUAGGCUCGAUUGCAGGAAGAAGCUACAUUUCCAAUACUCGUCAAGUAAAUUAUCUGUACUUGGUACUGUUGCAGCUACGCAACACUUUCUUUCUUGCUAUGGAGUGGCUGAUCUGGACUACGCCUGUCGUCGUCGUCUCCAUCAUUGCUGGAGGAUUUGCGUCCAACCAGUAUGCUGUAAGUCAGCUACCGAAUGUUUACAUGUUUCUCUUGGCUUGUAUCUCAGCGACAGCAGUGCAAAUUUUGAUCGUCUACCCAUUUGUCAUUUUUUGCCUCGCUCGCUGUAACCCUUACGGCCACAUGCAACACAUGAUUCGCCCGUAUCUUUUCGCUUUCGGUUCUUCCUCGUCGCUGGCUACUGCUCCUGUAACUCUUAUCUGCAUUCAAAAGGCUCGAUUGUGCUCACAGUCGAUCGCUACGUACGUAGUGUCUGUUGGUGUUGUCGCGAACAUGUCGGGCUCUGGAUGGUACUAUCCAAUUGGUAUUAUAUUUUUGGCCGAGUCAUCCGGCAAUGGCGACAAAAUUACUUUCCUGCGCCUUGUAGCGAUCUUUUUUUUAACGAUUGUAGCAUGUGUUGGGACACCGUCAGUUCCAAACGGUGGCAUGGUGCUUAUGUCUACCAUGUACAAAAUUGUUUUCGGAGUGAGUACACUUCCAUCCACCUGGGCUCUCUAUGUUGCAUUUAAUUUCUUUGCUGACCGUCUAUUGGCCAUUUGCAACGUUAACGACGACAUCAUGGCAGUCAAGGUUAUUGCCGAGAAUACUGACGAAACGGUGGCAGGCAAUCGUCUCAGCCAACCCAACUAA